ACACGAUCAAGUGUGCAGUUCGCAGCUGACAGUCUGGUUGUCUUGCGAACUGCUGUCUGUCAUUUCGUUGACGAUGAUGUUUUCGUGAUUUUUUUAGAACACACAGUAUACGAUUGUAGUUCGCGGUGUUAAGAUGCAUCACCCCUUGUAGUGCAGCCCGAUAUGCUACAAGCGGUCCUGUGUGGAAAAUUGUGCGAGUGUUACCAGCGAUCAGCUGGAAAGUGUUUUUUAGAAAGUGGUCAAUUUCGCAAGAAUUCGACUUUCGAUUUUUUCCAACCUUCCAGCACCCUAUGAUCGCUUUGAAAAAAAUUUCGCGUAAUCGUCAUGUUGUAUAGUAUAAUACGUAAUUUUUUCGUGUGCGGGUGUGUGCUGGGCACGGUGGUGGUGGUACUUUCGGAAAAACGUGAAGGACCUCUCUUCAACAACGAAUUCGCCGUUCAUAUCCCUAGAGGUAACGAGGUGGCGGACGAGAUCGCCGCCAAGCACGGAUUCGUCAAUCGGGGACAGGUCGGCAGCUUGAAGGGUUUCUACUUGUUCGAACACAAGCACGUGCAUAAACGUUCCCUACAGGCCAACGACUUCUACCACCAGUCGCUGAUAUCCGAGCCCCAGGUGCAUUGGGUUCAGCAGCAGCACGAAAAGAAACGAAAAAAGCGCGAUUACGUUUUUCGUCCUUCGGUGACCCCAUUUUCGCAGUAUUUCAGUGCUGCAGCACCGGGUGCUUUGCCCUCUUCGUCACAUAGUCGUUUGAGGUAUCGUGCUGCUCCUUCUCCUGGCGAAUUUCCCGAUCCACUCUUCAAAGAACAAUGGUAUCUGAACGGCGGUGCCAAAGAUGGAUUGGACAUGAAUCUGGCGCCAGCCUGGAAGAAAGGCUACACUGGUAAGGGAGUCGUCGUGUCAAUCCUCGACGACGGAAUACAAACUAAUCAUCCGGAUUUGGCUCAAAACUACGACCCUCUGGCCAGCACUGACAUUAACGGCAACGACGACGAUCCCAUGCCGCAAGAUAAUGGAGAUAAUAAGCACGGUACCCGUUGUGCGGGCGAAGUGGCUGCUGUUGCUUACAACCAAUUUUGCGGAAUAGGCGUUGCCUACAACUCGAGCAUUGGAGGUGUGCGAAUGUUGGACGGCGUGGUAAACGACGCCGUCGAGGCUCGCGCCCUAGGCCUCAACCCCGAACACAUCGACAUUUACAGCGCCUCUUGGGGCCCCGAAGACGAUGGAAAAACCGUCGACGGUCCUGGCCCUUUAGCCCGUCGUGCCUUCAUCUACGGUGUGACAAGUGGGCGAAAGGGCAAAGGUUCGAUUUUCGUAUGGGCGUCGGGAAACGGCGGUCGCCAUACCGAUUCGUGCAAUUGCGACGGCUACACCAACAGUAUUUUCACCUUGAGCAUCUCAAGUGCGACCCAAGGGGGCUAUAAACCCUGGUAUUUGGAGGAGUGUUCAUCGACACUUGCAACAACAUACAGUUCCGGUACGCCGGGUCAUGAUAAGAGCGUCGCGACGGUGGACAUGGACGCGAGACUUCGCCCCGAUCACAUUUGCACUGUUGAGCAUACGGGGACGUCGGCGUCGGCCCCCCUCGCCGCCGGGAUUUGCGCAUUAGCCCUCGAGGCGAAUCCGAGCCUGACAUGGAGGGAUAUGCAAUAUUUGGUGGUUUUGACCUCACGUUCGGCCCCCUUGGAGAAGGAAAGUGGGUGGAUUACGAACGGUGUGGGUCGGAAAGUCUCGCAUAAGUUCGGUUAUGGACUUAUGGACGCUGGGGCUUUGGUAAGUCUUGCCGAAAAAUGGACUACUGUACCACCGCAACACAUCUGUAAGUCCCAAGAAGUUGUGGAGGAUCGGCAAAUUGACGCCGCGUAUGGUACCACUUUGGACUUCCAUAUGGACGUCGAUGCUUGUAGUAACUCACUGAAUGAAGUCCAUUUUUUGGAACACGUCCAAUGUAAGAUUUCCCUACGGUUUUUCCCCCGUGGUAAUUUGAGGAUUAUUUUAAUCUCGCCGAUGGGUACGACUUCGACACUUUUAUUUGAAAGGCCACGUGAUGUUGUUAGUUCGAAUUUCGAUGAUUGGCCCUUUUUGAGUGUGCAUUUUUGGGGUGAAAGGGCCGAAGGGCGAUGGACUUUGCGUAUAGUUAACGCCGGAAAUCGACAUGUGAACCAACCGGGAGUUUUGAAAAAAUGGCAAUUGAUCUUUUAUGGCACUUCUGUGAAUCCCAUACGUGUAAGACCUGCAGGCAGGCCACAAUCUAGUCCCUGGAAGUCGCCACUUAACACUUUCACGUUUCCAACUGUUUCCGAAUCGGUGACUCAAGUCACUGAUAAUUUCUUCAAAGAUUUUCACAAUUUUCCGAAUAUUUAUGCGUUUGCGGGCUCGGAACCCGAACAAGCCGUCAGUUCAUUGGACGGAAAAAAGACGAAAAUUCGCGACAACGAUAACAACAACAUCGAUGAUGAUGAAGAAACUAGAGAAAACUGUGAUGAACAAUGUGAUGAUCAAGGUUGUUUCGGACGUGGACCGACUAAAUGUGUAGCUUGUAGAAAUAAAAGGAUGGAUAGGACUUGUAUUAGCACUUGUCCACCGCGUAGUUACGCCGAUUCCCAGGGUGUGUGUCAGCCGUGUCAUGAAGCUUGUGAAACUUGCACCGGUUCGGGGCAAAAAAAUUGCCUUACGUGUGCACCAGGUCACGUGAGAGUUGUCGAUCUGGAUAUUUGCCUACAACAAUGCCCCGAGGGCUACUUCCAAGAUUUCGUCGCGAAGACUUGCACCCCUUGCCAGGCCAACUGCGCGAAUUGCCAAGACCGGCCCGACCAUUGCACCAGUUGCGACCAUCACCUCCUCCUCUACCAGAACAAAUGUCUUGCGUUUUGUCCCACUCACACCUACGAAACGGAGGAUUACACGUGUGCUCCGUGUCACGAAAGUUGUGAAACUUGCAACGGUUCGAAUAGUUCUCAGUGUGUUUCUUGUACACAAGGACGUUUCUGGCAUGAAAAUCGUUGCGUGAAGGAAUGCCCUGCUCAUCACUACGCCGACCCGCAUCAACACGAGUGUAUUGAAUGCCCUCCAGGGUGUUCGGAAUGCAACAAGACGACGUGCAUUUCGUGUCUGGAUGAUUGGCAAGUCAAUGCAAAGGGACGAUGCGUGCCACAUGGAAGCGAACGCUGUGAUAUAGACCAAUAUUUCGACGGCGGCUUAUGCAAACCCUGCCACUCGACAUGCGAAUCCUGCGACGGCCCCACCGAACACGCCUGUCUCUCCUGCGCCAGCCCUCUCAUCCUCCAAGACACUCGUUGCGUCGCCGUCUGUGAUAAAACCUUCUUCCACGAUAAGGGAACCCGUCUGUGUGAGCCCUGUCUCCAUACUUGCACUAAAUGCGUCUCAAAAAUGAACUGCAGCGAAUGCAUACCCGGAUUACACUUGCAAAGUGGCGAAUGCAGUUCCACCUGUGCCACAGGCUACUACAGCGAUAAAGGAAUCUGUGCGAGAUGUUACAUGAGUUGUAAAACAUGUAGUGGUCCAGCACACAACCAGUGUGUUAGUUGUCCGCAAGGUUGGCAACUCUUGGCCGGGGAAUGCCGCCCUGAUUGUCCAGAAGGCUACUACAAGACGGAUUAUGGGUGUCAAAAGUGCCAUUAUUCCUGCAGGAAUUGCAUAGGUUGUAAAGUACAAGAGGACAAACGCAGAAUCGAUGUUCAAGCUUUAUUGCUCUCAGCACAACCCGUCUCGACUUUACAACUAAUCGGGCCGUUUAAUUUCAUUACGGGCCUGGCAAUAAUCGCCGUUUUGUGUGUUGUUAUACUUUUUAUAACAGUUUUUAUAGUUUUACAGAGAAACAGUAUUCAGGCAGCGCCGCGAGGCUACAGCAGGGUAUCCAUAAAAAAACCUAAAGUAACAUGUAACUACAAUGUGGUGGCUGUGAGUGAUGGCGAUUCGUCGGAUUCGGACAGUUCCGAAGGUCAGAGUUUAGUAACACCGAAAGUCGAUCGGACUGCUUGUUAAAGCGAGUGUGUAAAUAAUAAAACUGUCUUCAUUGGCCUGUGUUGUGUUUAAACGUCGAGUGUUGAAGCAAUGAUAUGUAUAUAUUGUGAAAACCCUAUUGAAACGGAAUGAUUACCACUUGUACCAAAAUCCUACGUGUUAUUUUUUAAGAUGUUUUAAUAUCAAUGAAGACAGCUCAAUGUAAAUUUUAAGAUGCGAAACUUAAGUGCUCUUGAUAUUUCAUGUCGUAAAUAUAGUUAUUUUUAAAUGUACACUUUGUAUAUAAUCAAUAGAUAAUUGUUUCAAUGUUA